CCAUUUUUCAGAAAUCAACUCUUCCCUUCUUACCCAUAAUCUUCAGAAACAUCUGCAGCAGCUCUCUGCCUUGGAAGUAUGAGCGAGAAAGAGACGCCGUCUCCUGUUCUGGAUGUUAAAAAAGAAAAGAAUGAAGAGACUGGAAUUGAUGAGGAGAAGAGCUCGGAAGAUGAUUGCUCCAAAAGAUCGAAGGUUAAAUCCAAUCCCUCCAAGUUUUCAGUCAACAGCAUUUUAUCACCAUUGGAGAGUUUAGUUCGUGUACAACAACAGCUUCUCAAAAUGGCUGCAUCAAAAUCUGGAACACCUGGAACAAAUGCAGGAGUUCCUGGUGCGUUUCCGUAUGGUCCAGGUAGACUUCCAGGCAAUUAUUUUGCAGGACCAUUUCCUGGUUACAGCGGAGCUCAACCAAAUUGGUACAAUGGGAAUGAUCCAAGAUUUGCAGCAGCUGCAGCUUUACUUCCGUGCUCUAUUGAUCCAGUUAGAUCUGCUAUAAAUCAUCAAUUUUCAAUGAGUUCAAUGAGUCAACGACGGAAAAGAAGAGUCCUAUUCAGUCAGGCACAAGUUUACGAAUUGGAACGAAGAUUCAAACAAGCGAAAUAUUUAACUGCUCCGGAAAGGGAGCAACUGGCUAAUUCGAUUCGGUUGACUCCAACGCAGGUGAAGAUCUGGUUUCAAAACCACCGAUACAAGUGCAAGCGUCAGGAGAAAGAAAAAGCAAUGAGUGGUCUUGGACACAGUGAAGAUGGAAGCUCACCCCCACCAGAUAACGAUGAUGAUGACGACAAAUACUCUAUUGAAAUGGAUGAUAAAGAUGACGAGGAGGAAGAAGAAUCAGAAAAACCAGUGUUAAAGCCAAGUGGAGUAUUUGGGCUCCCCUACCCUCCAAAUGCUGCUGCAGCUGCCGCCGCUGCAGCGGCUGCGUUCAAUUUUCCUUUUGCUGCACAAGGACCGAAUCCCGCCUAUUAUAUGCGUUGGUGAUGAUUUUAAAUUCAAUUUUCAAAGUAUGAUCUCCAAGCUUUUUUUGUUUGAAAUUUAGAAUAAAUAUUUAUAAUUUAA